AUGUCCGGUUGAUUUAAUGAAUGUACCAGCGGCGGAGUAUAUCCUAGGUGGUGCGACUACGUGGUGCAACUACGGACUACCUCGUAGUGUUGUAUUUAUUUUAGUUAAUCAGAGUGUUUACUUAUUGAUACAGAUAAGAAAAGGAAUUGUUCUUGUAGCUAUUAACCCAUAUGAGCAGCUAGAUAUAUACAAUAAUGACAUCAUACAAGCAUACAGCGGUCAGGACAUGGGUGCCAUGGAUCCACACAUCUACGCAGUGGCAGAGGAGGCGUACAAAAGAAUGUCCAGGUUUGAGCAAAACCAGUCUAUCAUUGUCAGUGGGGAAUCUGGUGCGGGGAAAACUGUCUCCGCCAAGUAUGCCAUGAGAUAUUUCGCUAUGGUCGGUGGUUCACAGGCUGAAACCCAAGUUGAAAAGAAAGUACUGGCAUCCAAUCCUAUCAUGGAGGCUAUAGGGAAUGCCAAGACGACUAGAAAUGACAAUAGUAGUAGGUUUGGCAAGUAUAUAGAGAUCAGCUUUAGUAAAAGCAAUGAGAUUGUCGGGGCACAUAUGAGAACAUAUCUACUAGAAAAAUCCAGGUACGUAUAUGCAAAUAUUUGGGUUCAGAG